AUGACGACCCCAUCUACAAAACAAAAUCCGGGAGCAACCCCAACCCACUUGACCUCUUCUCCUCGACCUACUGGCGCGCAUAUGGCAAGACCCAUAGCGCAUAAGUCACCAUCGACACGGACACCGUCAGCAUCGGGACAUGGCCAUGGUCAUCAGCCAAGUGUAUCCUCUCACCAAUAUGCUACUCCUCUUGCUGCAACAACAGGCAUUGAGGAUACUGUCACCUUCAGUUCACCAUCUGCCUUGCUAGCGCUGGGUGGCUACGGUGGGAUCAGCCCGUCUCCUGCCGGUCAUGAUGCUCUAGUUGUUCCGAGUAUGAAUGAGCAUGAUAUCCAGGCGCUCGGAAUGCAAGGUAUCAAACUUGGAUCCGCUCGAGAUAAUGACGAAGAGCGGAAAAGACACAUUGAAGGUGUUGUCCAGCUCCUACGGACUCGCAUAUCCGGCAGAGCAGUCUGCAGAGAGGGUAUUGAGCGUUUAGUUCAACUCGAAGGAUUUGAAUCUAUCUGGCAGGAGGACAAUCUGAACAUUGCCGGAAACUUCGUUGACCUUGAGAUCGAAUUUCACCGCGGCCAGAACGUUGUGAAAGACGUCAACCUUAGCUAUGCAACACCGGACGCUACAGAUGGCGAACGACGGGAAGAAGCUACUGCUGUACUGAAGCGAGAUCUUGUACAAAACCCGGAAGACGGAGAACGCGGCUCAUGGAAAUCACUGGCCGGAUUCCAUGGAAACCUGCAGUGGCUGUCCAAGCAUGACAGACUCAGUCAGGAGGUCAAUUGUUUUGAGGCCAUUGAGGGCCUCUACCAAAGCCUGAAGCGGAUAUGGGAUGAAGAGCAGAAGCUUCCUAAAUUCUCAGGUGUUUACGAACAUCUAUGUGCUGGGUCCAUUGGCCGACCAAGCCUCCACAAGGGGAGUCGACUCGGACUAAGCCUAGACUAUUGGAUCCAUCAAGCCCAGGUCUUAGACGCGAAUUCGCCUCCCGACGCCAUGGACAUUGAUAGGCCAGCUAAUCGAGCGCUUAGUGAAGUGGCAGAGCCCCAAAAUGGAAAAUGGUUUGUAAUGAUCGAAUGCGAAGAAGGCUAUCCGUCACUUCGUGUGUCGAAAGAAUGGCUUGACUCUGAUGUCCUCACAGUGGUCAACAAUGCUGCAAAUGGCUCCUCCUCGAAUGAGGCUGCAGCUUCAGAUAUUGCAGUUGUCAACUGGGCUGACCCGCCUCCUACCCUGAGCUCCGGUGGCUCAGACGCAAUGGCCCUUGAUUCGAACAUGCUGGGCUCCUCUGCACUGAACCGCCGUUUUGUCGCUCGAAUGGAGCCACCUCUUGAUGUUCCGAUCCUCGCAGCUUCAGACAUUUACAGGCAUCUAGGCAUUCAGAUUCCACACGAAUUCCGCAUGGUCACCUAUGACGGUCUGCUAGUUCCUGGAUGGUCACCUCUGUUAGCAACGGGUGCAGUAGGUCUUGGCGCCGAGGAUAUAGCUCAGCCCGGCCGCAAAAGGCGCAGAACGUCUGUUCAAGGCUUCGACCAAGAAGGAAGUCCUUGCACGAAGCAUCAUAGUUACACUUUUCAGGCGUUUGAGUCGGUUGCAGGGCGGACGAUGCGUGACAUCCCCUUUUCACAUCCGCGGCAACUUGCGGACGUUUUCCCAAUUUUGCGCCAGUAUGCGUUGCUUGCGAAUCUGAUUCACAAAAUAUUUAGUUCGCCGCGAAAGGACGAUGUAUCAAAAAAGCACGCCGAACCAGCCACAGAGGGGACUCCUAGGCAACCGAAUUCCUCAAAAGCGAUGAUGCCAACAAAGAAAAACAAAGUGAUCAUUCUGAGCAAUAAAGAUCCGAAUGAGCAGAAACUCGACUCCUUGUUGAAUGGAAUCAACAAGUCAACUGCUACUGCUACAGGCUCAGGGAAAGACAUUGCAAUGUCACCAUCAAUAAGUCUGCGUGAGCAUGCUGCACAUCAGGAAGAGGUCAAGGUAGAUGUGACCUUACGGACACAACUUGGACAGUCGCCAGUCAUAAUGUUACUUUUCACCGUGGAAGAUCCUCGUUUGGCGAGUUCCUCUGCAGAGACUGUCCUGAGCAAAGUCUCUAUCAGUUUGGAGAUUGGCCCUAACGGCCGCAUUUCAGUAGUGGACAUGACUGGACUGCUGGAUGAUGAAACGGCAGCGGACAGUGAAAAGGGUGCACAUAACAGUGAGUCAUACAAGCUGCAACAGAAGAUAGCCAGGGUGCUGGAAAUCUCCCAAGACAUCGGGAUAUUGGUAGAAUGGGUUGCGCGGUGGGUACGGCAGCAAAAGGGACGCGGGUGA